AAGUCCCUCCUUUUUCUGUUACGUAGCCAAUAUGGCGACUAUUGAGGCUGGUAGCAGGUGUGUUGAGGGCGACAUCCGGAUACUGACAGUGGACUUCAUUUUGCCGGACUCCACACUGAAACGCACUUACACACAAUGCUAAAUGUCAGUAUGGAACACAGCAAUGGCUUCUUGUUGCUAGGCAGAGUUAAUCUAUCAUAACUCCCUCAUAGGCUAAUUAAAAAGAACAUGUCCGGCCACGCCCACUAGCUGUUUAAAUGACAAGCUAUUGAUGAGACAUGAACAGGAAGUCAUGAAAUGGCGUUAUAAGAAAUUACGACUUUAGCUACAACAUAAAUUGCUAAUAUAUCAAUGCCCCCGUACACAAUCACUAACGUACAGAAGGUGAUACAUUCCUGGUAAAAUCAGCGCAGAUUGCACAUACUUUUUGCCUCUAAAUUAUAAUAUUAUCCUAAUAUUUUCAUAAGCACGAUUGGAUAGUCGCCUCUGUUGCGAAAAGGAAUGAGUUCGUAACUGCAAACUAGGGGAGGGCGGAUCCAAAUAACAGUGUCGACACCAAUGAUAGCGUCAACAUCGGAUGGAUACCAGCGUGAUAGAGAUCGACUUUUGUUUACAGUUUUUUUCAAUCAUUAUUUUCACAAUCAGAUGUAUUUGUUGUGUUGUUAAUAUUGAUACAUUUUUCAUAAAUACGUUUUAUCGUUUACCUAAAAUCGCCUUGUUUAUUUAGAUGAAAGAAAAAAUAAAUAUACAUUUUAAAUAAACUCAUUUAGUCUUUAACAAUUUCAAGUAAAAAUGAUCACCUGUCUUGACAUGUCAUGAUGGGAUGCCAUUUAUUGACAUGAUGACACCUGUCAUCUGACACUUGGUAUCGGGUCGAUAGCAACACUCGCGGUAUCGCCUACCCCUGGUGCAAACUUGGCGGUGCUGUCUGCCUGGAGGCGGUGGGGGUCGCGCUCGCGUUCAGUCGCCGAGUAGAGGGUGUCCUCCAUAAUUCUUACCCAGCCCAUACAGGCAUCCAUCAAGGUCGGCAAGGUUUCCGCCGCUUCUCCCGUGACGGCUGCUGGAUGCUCAACUUCCCAUAUGCGGCGUUCGCAGACCGUGGGAGACAACAUGGGAGACAAACACAGCAGAAGACCAGCCAGUCUUCGGUGAUCGGAGGACGUAAACACUGCCAUGCCCUGCUUUGUGCGUCACCUCCAGGCUGCACGCUCCUCUCCAGGACAAGGACAGGACCCCCUCCUCCACGGUGAAGGUGCAUAUUUGUGUGCUGAAGUUGUGUUUGGGACGGUCUUGGCUGCUGCUGCGUGUUGAGCCGCCAUGCUGCAGGCAGAAUCCUGCGACCUCUUCCCCACAUGAGCUGCAAGUUGUCCUCUGCACAAACUGUGUUUUCAUCGUGUUAUAAUCCAUGUGAUUAGGGACCCAGUGUCCAGAUGUGGCUCAUCAAGGCUGCCUCUGCAUGACAGUGGGAUCAGGCCUGUUCUUACCACACAGUCUUUAUGGGGGGCAAGCAGACCAAGGGCCAGGAUGCCGGAGGAGCCAGUCCGCAGCACAGCUGGAGGCGGACCCCCACCAAGGAACGGGGGGACCUGCUUGCGUCCCUCAUGCUGAAGUCGGGGGACAGGCUGAGCCGUGGCGGUACCCCGCCGCCCUACCAGCGUCGCAUCGGAAUGAUCCAGGAGAUGAUGCUGAUGGCCAAGCAGGGCAAGCAUGAUGAGGCCACCGAGAUGCUGAGGACACUCAGACAGGAGAGAGAAUCUCUUGGGGCGAUGGAGAAAGUCUGUCGUCAGCUGACCUACCAUCUCAGCCCCCACUCUCAGUGGAGGAGACAAGGCCUGCUCAAGAGGAAACCUCAGGCCUGUCUAAAGGCAGUGUUGUCCACCCCUCCGUCCAGCGGGGCGUUGGAUCUGUCUGGUAUUCCUCUGGCUGCGCGUGACAUGGAGCGUCUGUGUGCACAUCUACAGCACCAUUCUUCCACCGUGGUCAGCUUGGAGAUGGGGUUCACUGAGCUGACCGAUGAGGCCUUCCUCCUUCUGUUGCCCACGCUGGCCGCCCUGCCUCGGCUGGAAACGUUAGCACUGAAUGGAAAUAGGCUGACCAGGACAAUACUGAAGGAUCUAACCGACGCCUUGAAGGAUCCAAGCAGUUUCCCAAGUGUGACAUGGAUUGACCUGGGAAACAACGUGGACAUCUUCUCCCUGCCACAACCGUUCCUGGUCAGCCUGAGGAAGCGCUGCCCGAAGCAGGGCAACCUCCCCACCAUUUUGGAGUUUGGAGAGAGUCAGGCCAGCGACCCCCCCGAGAGGCUGAGAGGCAUCGGGGAGGACGAGGAGACCGAUGACACCAACAGGACCGAGAGCAUGGCCGAGCUGCCGUCUGAGGUAGAGGAGGAGCUGGACGGUGAGCUGGAGAUAGAGGAGAUGAUGGAGGAGCUGCUGGACUUUGACCGGGAGGUGCGAGGGAAGGAAGACGAAGACGAGAGCAUGUGGACAGUAGAGGAGCAGAGGAAUGGGAGGAGGAGGACAGGGAAGGAAGACGUACAGAGAAAAGAGAGGACGGGCCCAAAGGUAGUGAUGGCAGAGGACGAGGAUGACACGCAGAGCCAUUCCUCUCAGUUGUCCUGCUCCACCCAGUCACAAAACUCCUCUGCUGCUGUGGAGCCAAUGAGAGCAGAGGAGGACGGCUUUGAUCAUAGGACUGACCAGUCACGGCACCUGACUUGAGUGCUGGAAGGAGGCAAGACUUAAACAAGUCAGAUUGAACCAGCCGAACCAAGGUGAACCAGACUAUUGGCUGCAGGACCAAAAGAUGGUAAUGCAUAAGGAAACUAAAUAAUUGUGCUCUUUAGUGUAACUGACCCUCGUUUCGAGGGUUUGGGUCAGAACCCUCUGAUAAUCCCUAUAAUGUGGAACCCGUUUAAGUCGGUCACGUUUAUGUUGGCAACCUGUCUAUGUGGACCAACUUAUCAAGUCCCGGUUUACAGUCUUCUUCGUGUCAUACCUGGCAACAUUUGGAUUUGAAAAAAGUGACAUUUUCCAGAAAAUAAGGGGAAAAAUGUUAUUAUGAAUAUUACAGCCUAUAAGAGGAUACUAGUUGAAGCACAGCAGUUACAAGCGAGACCUAAUUAGUGUCUUUCAUUAAACAACACUGCUGUCUAAAAUGUAUCAAUCUACACGGGUGACAUAAUUAUAGUUGCACAUUACUUACAGGCACUCCAAAGCAGAAGCGUAUUAGAACGUACAGCGGUACCUCGGAUUUUGUUAUUAAUUUGUUUUUUAAAAAAAAUGGAACGUACGGAAAUUGAGGCAAUUUUGCUCAUAGGAAAUAAUGUUAAUCCAAUUAAUCUGUUCCAGACACCCACAAAUAUACAACAAAAAAAACAUUUUGUAGAGAAUAAUUAUAGUUACACCUGCAGAUACGUAACAAUGCAAAAUAAUUCUAAAUGACAAAUGAAAAGAUACAUUUUUACCUUUAUUAUAGGCUUCUUGACAAAGACAGCAAGGAGCAGAGAGGAAAGUGGGGAAGAGACACCAUCUUUGAAAGUCAAAAUUGAAAAAUUUGCAGCAAACUAAACAUGAUCGGCCGCUUUUGUCAACAUAAUCGGUCCCAUUAUGUCGACGCAUUGUGGUUUUCAGUCGUCAUUAUCGCUCAGCAGCGUGAAUCGACCACAGCAACAUGACUACUAUCUAGUUACACGCAGUGACUUCCUGUUCAGUGCAAAGUGAGCUUCAAAAUAAAAGCAUGGAAGUAUUAACCUGGAUUUUAACAUAACAACUAACAAAAUAUACCGUAUUGUUUUUUUGUUGUUUUUUUUAGAUUUUUAGCCACCGACUUGUGCAAAUAUGAAAGCUUAAUCUUCAUUGUAGUCAAGACAUACAACAAAAUGACCACAGCAGCUCUAUUAGAUAAGAGUGUGAAAUAUCAUAUUAAAAAUAUGCACAAAUGGAGGAAAACCAUGUCAACACACUACUGUAGGUUGAAAACUCUCCCACAAAUCGCAAGUAAAUCUGCAAGUAAUGGCUACUUUACGUUUUGGUUAUAUCGACGGUCGCUUAUGUUGACGUCAGACAGCCGCUCCGAGAAGCUUCGACAUAAACGGGUUCCACUGCAGUACCUUCAGGUGCCUGUAACGUGUCCCAACACUUGUUAGGAAUAUGUGUCUGUAAAAAUGGGAAUAUCAGCAUCAAAUAUCAAUGCAAGAUCUUUAAAAAAAAAUGCCUUUGCCAUCACGGACAUGUUGAAAAUGCCAACCAUGGUGAUGAACGGCCUCCUGGAUACAUUGGAAGAGGCGAAGAGUCAUGCGGAGAGGUUAGUGGGCAUCAGCUAAUUAACAAAUGAAAGUUGUGCACUGAAGCGAGUCUAAAUAGGAACUAGUCCGCUAAAAUCAAGCAUGAUGGAGAAAGAAAAGACCGUAAAUUAUUCAUUUUUUUUCAUUUAUUCAAAAAUAAUUGUAAACAAAAUAAAUAUGCGGGCUGUACUAUAAAAUGCCAAUCAUUUUAAAUAAUUUUUAUAGUCAAAAUCAGGGAAUUUGUGCAUUUCCGGUUCCACGCGGGAGAAAUGCACUAUCCCGCACACACUGCAUUGAUGCAUGCAACAUAAUGUUUGCAGAAGCAUUUAUUAUACACUGUCACUUUCCACAGUCUGGUUUGUAUCUUUUAGGAAGGUACAUUUACGUUUGUAUUUGAUCGAGUGACAUAAGCAUUUGACCCCCUACCAAACCACAAGCACUCUGACCCCCACCGACCGAUUAUUUGUCCAUGAAGCACACAAAUUAGUCAUGUCUCUUCAGGUCGUGAUUCUGAAGAGGUGACCAGUCCAGAAUUACAAGGGAGAAGCUGGUUAAUGAUGCCAAGGGAGUUGGGAGCGCAGUCACCAAGGAAAGCAUGACGAAGACACGUUGCUGUAAUGCGGGGGUGUGCAUUCACGGCCCGUGGCUAUUUUUUGUAUUGGUUUGCGGCACAUUUUGAGAAUAUAAUUUAACAAGACAACUAAAACAAAAACAAAAAAACAACAGCAACAAAAAUGUUAAAUUUUGCAGUAAUUUCACAAGAAUGAAGUCAAAAUAUUAAGAGAAAAAAGUUGCAAUCAACCGAGAGAGAGUUGUUAUUUUACGAGAAUAAUAAAAAAAAUAACGUUAUUUUAGACGUUAGACAUUUAGAUGUAGUCUUUUUAAAAGUCAUAAUAUUAUGAGAAACAAACAAAACUAUGAAUAAGCAAGAAAAAAAGAGGAAAAAAGAGUUAGGCGGAAGAGUAUUAAUUCUAUAAUUUGUUAAUAUUAAUUAUUAUUGAUAUGUAUAUUAAUACAUUCAUAAUAUUGGAGAAGUAAUGUCAUAAUAUUACAAAAAUUAAAUUCAUGAAAGAUUUUUUGAGAAGAAAGUUUAAAUAUUUGGAAAGUUAAAACACAAAAUAUCAAAAAAGAGCAAAGACCGAAGUUCGUACUAAUAAUAUGCUUUUUCACCUUCAUCAGAAGUCUAUAUGUGUUGGUUUACAAAAUAUCAAAGUGGCCCUUGUAUCCUUUCAUUUUUCAGUAUGUGGCUCAGUAUGUGAAAAAAGUUUGGACUCCUCUGCUGUAAUGGAUGGAGAUCCAGCAGUGCCCACAAAGUCACGCUGUUCAAGAAGACACGUGUGCAGACCCGUCGGAAGUUUGACAAUCAACACCUGUAUUUAGAGAGCCUUGGGAGAAUGUGAUGUGGUCAGAUGAGAUGACCAAAUUUGAGCUCUUUGGCAUCAACUUGCUAUGUUUGGAGGCAAAGAAGCGGUGAGUACGAGCCCAAGAACACCAUCCUUAUUCUCAAACAUGGAGGUGGAAAUAUUCUGCUUUGGGGAUGUUGUCUCCUAAGGGUGCAGGAAGACUUUAAGGGGCACUAAGGGGCCAGUGAUGCCCCAUAGAAUAUUUGAUGGCAACACCUUACCCUCAGCCAAAACACUCAAGAUGGGUCGUGAAUGAGCAUCACACUGACCUACAACAGGGGUUUUCAAAGUGGCACUGGCUGGUAGAAUAUGACAGACACCUGUAGCUAUGCCUUAAGUCCAGCAGAUGGUGAAAAUGACCAGCAUAUGACUCCAUGGCACACUGUUAGACUUUGAAAACCCCAGACCAAGCAAAACAUUUGGUUGGUCAAGAUCUGAGAGUGCCAGUUUGUGGACUUGAACCCAGAGACAUUCUGUGGAAGGAGCUGAAACUUGCCAAGCGACCGCCUCAAAAUCGUCAAACUUUGGAGCAUAGCUGUAAAGAGGACCAGAUCCCUCCUAAGAUUUGUGCAACCAUGGUGACGUCCUACCAGAAACAUAAGUACUAAGCCAUGUUUUGCUUGGAGAUCAAAUACUUAUUUCACUCAAUCAAAUCCAGAUUCAUUCAUAAUCUUUAUUUAUUUUCUGGGUAAUUUGUUUAUAGUCUAUCUAUGAAACCUUCCACAAAAAAUAUAGACUGUUCAUAGCUUCCAACAAAAUCAUCAAGGGAUCAAGUACUUAUUUCCCCCACUGCAUAUUGACUUCAAUAUAUUUUGGCCCUCUUUCCUACAAAUGUCUUUAAGAAACAACAUAGUCUGGGCUUCAGCUUAGUUUGUAUUGUACAUGUUCUUGUCAGCCUUCGACUACAACACAGUCAGUAUUUGUACACACAAAACGUGAUUAUAUCUGACAAUCCUCCCGCUAUCUUAUGAAGCCAUUGUUGUGCAGAUGAGCCCAAUGAGUUCUUGAAAUGUUAGUGCUGAUCGGAAUGUUACCCAGCACCAGUUGAAUGCAGGUAUAAGCUCUGCUAUACGGUAUCUACAGUUAAAUAUAUACAGUAAAUAAAGUGUGUGAGGUGCUCACUUUUCUACACAGGUAAAUCUCAAAUAAUGAAACCAUGAGCGUCAUGCCAGUACAUGUGUUUCAGGCAGACUGGUCAUCUCUGAUUGCGUUAUCAUGAAUUUAGAUGCCAAACUGUGUUGAUCCAAAUCAAGAACGGAAGAUGAUAAAUGCUGUGGCAUAAAGAUGUGCAUUAAGAGGCUGCCAAAUACCACUGACAACACAGGUUACGGAGUAUCUAACUUUCCCAGUCAACAAAAAGUGUUAUAAUUACUCUGUAGUACUGUAGUGGAACACAAAUAUUUUAUUUAUUAUUAUUAUAUAAUAUUAUAUACUGUAUAUGUAGCUGAGAUGCACCAAAGGUCUGACAAGUUGAUCAGAGUAUUAAUAUUGCUGUUGUGGUGUGUGUGUGUGUGUGUGUUUUGUAGAAAGCGCUAUCCCGUAGUCACACACUCCGACUGAAAUAUCUCGGUUUACUUUUACACUGUACCACUACUGACAAAUCUAACUGCGGAGAUUCUUCCCUUUAAACAACAUUGAACGUGAUCCAUGCAAGCGUUUCUGUUCCAUUCUGUCGAGUUGUGCACAAGUCGUAUCAUUCCAUCAAUAUCACGCCUUUAAAGCAGGGGGGUCCACCCGGUUACGACUGAGGCCCGCGCACAGAAAAGUCAUUUUGAUGUUUUUUAAUUCUAAAAAAGGGUAAUGCUACAUAGGUAUGCUAAAAAGUUCAAAAUAAGAUGGCUGCUCUUUAAGAUUUGACCAAUUUAUCUACUUUUAUAUUUACCUUACCGCACAGUGGCCUAGUGGUUAGCAUGCCACGUAGCCAGGUGAUCUGGCAAAUCUGGGAUCGUACCUCUGUUUGGGCGUCACUGUGUGGGGUUUGCAUGUUCUCCCCAUGCAUGUGGGGGUUUUCUCUUGGUACCCCGGCUUCCUCCCGCAUUUCAAAAAUAUGCCUGUUAGGUUAUUAGGGUUGCUAAUUGGGUUAACUCUAAAUUGCCCAUAGGUGUGAAUGUGAGUGUGAAUGGUAGUUUUUCCAUAUAUGCCCUGCGAGUGGCUGGCGACCAGUCCAGGGUGUACCCCGCCUCUCGCCCGAAGUUAGCUGGGACAGGCUCCAGCAUGCCCCCACAACCUUAAUGAGGGCGGCAUAGAAAGUUAAUGUUUACCUUUACCGGUAUAUUUCAACUUUAAAAACUGCCUAACUCUUGCUUGGUUGGUUUUCUUUCCAUUUUUUGUUUCAUUUUGAUGUAGCGUAUUAAUACUUUGGGCCAAAAAUAAAGCUAUAAAAAGAAAAUUAUGACUUAUUUUUUGUGUAAAAAUUUCUAACAUGUAUUAAACCUUACUUAUAACUUAAAAUGCAAUUAUAAAAUGUAUAAUUCAAAAACUCAUGUAUAAAUUCAAUGAACAACUACGACAAAUGAAAUGAAGUAGUUAUUAAAAUAAUGAUUUCCCUUCAAAGCCAGGCAGGUCCUAACGCAAUUACUGUAUACUAACUACAUACACAACAAAUACAGUGGUUAUUAAUUUGUUCCAAAACCGAAAUGUGCAACAUUUCCCAAAGGAAAUAAUGUAAAUACAAUUAAUUCAGUCCAGACACCCAACUAUAUGGACAAAAAAUACAUUUUAUAGAGACUAAUUAUAGUUUUACAAGCAGAAAACAAUGCGAAAUACAUAUAAAUUAGGAAUUACAUGGGUAAAUGAACAUUUAACAUCACUUUUACUUCCACUGAAGCCUCUAGUUGACGAAGACGGCGAUGAGGCAGCUGAGCGCGAUGAGCGGAGAUGACGACAUCUCCGUACUUUGCGUUGAGAUAUUUUGUGGAUUCAGUAUUGUUUAGCACUUUCUUCGUCAACUUGCUGGCGCUCUCAACUUUCUUUGGUAAUUUAGCAGUCACACUCAAUAAAAACUGCACGGACAGUGUGUCAACAGCGCAUAUAGGGAACUCUGUUUGUACACUUGAUUCUGUGAAAUGAUACAGUACAGGGCAAACAGACUAGAUUGUUAUGCAGAAUAUGAGACAGCGUAUGAAAACUAAAGAAAAUGUUGCCGCUUUUUUUUCCCCCCAAAAAACAAAUCAUACAAAAACGAGGUCCCGUUCCAAAAAAAAUCUUCUUGUCCACCUCCAUGAUGUGUGUCUCUGCAUCAUUUGACGGCAGUGUUGCCUUACCCUUGCCCCUCUCCCUCUGCAACCAAACAAUUUAGUAACAAAGUUUUUUUUUCCCACCAAUAGUAAAGUGGGGUCAUUUUUCAUUGCCUGCUUUACUUUCAUUUUCUAAGCAUGUGCCUUUCCUUUCGUCCUGCGCCGAACAUACAGUACUUGGCGACACACUGAGAAUGGUGAACGUUAUUGAUCAUGUCUGCUUUUACUAGACCAAUUUACACUCUUCAAACACUCAUGUGCACUUUUGAGGCGAGGGGAAAUGCAGUGUCUGUGUGGCUGCGUCGUCGUGAUGCGUCGGGAUAGACCUGAGGGUUAAUUUUAUAUUUAGAAAGUGCAGCGGAUCAAUAAAAAAAAACAAGUAUUUUGGACGCCCCUGCUUUAAACAAACAGUACAUUGUCAUGUAACGCUUACCGUAUAUUCUGGACUAUAAGUCGCAGCGGCCCAAAAAUGCGUCAUAAUAUAGGUGUCUGUUAUGUUACCGUAAAAUAGUGAUUCAGGUACACAAUAGCGUAAAGAACAUACCUGGGAGGCUGAAUAGGCCAAAUUAACAAGGCAGCAAGUUACGGGUAAGCAAGUUCUCCAAGCUCCUGAUCUCAGUCCAUAAUCACUGAAUUCUUUCGCUAGCCUAAAGCGCCCUCCUGCGGCAUUCGUGUAUUCUGUGUUAAACACAAAAAUUCCAAAGUCAUAAUGAAAAAGCCUUUUGACCAAGCAUGGAGACUCUGUUCUCAGGUUUACUAUGAUUGUGUCGUUUUGCCUUUUGUGCGACUGUCAAUCAAAGACAGACUUGGUCAGCAUGCCAAUGGAAUUGACAAAUGUAAUCAUUCAUCUGGCCUGAGCAAUUUUGGGGUUCAACGCCUUGCUCAAGGGCACCUCAGUUUGCUUGGGAACGCUGUAGCAGCCAGUCCCCCAUCCCAUCACUAGCAGGUCCAAAGGCUUCCAGAGUAAGAUAACGCCACCCAAAGUGGCCUCAAGAUUACUGUUUGUGUGUUCACCAGUUCUUACAUAUCGGACGGCUGUUUUUCUAUCACGCGACCCUCUCUUCGGGCUCUAUUUUAAACUACAGCCACAUUUCUAGUUGUUUGGUGAUUUUUUUCCCUCUCUCCCGCAGAGCACUCACAAAAAUGCACGGAAACAUAACUUUGUGUUUAUCACCACAGCCGAAAUGACUGGACUAGUUUGUUUAUUCCCGGAAGAUUGAAAUGAUAUUUUUCCGUUACUUUUUCUUCAGUGUGUUACCACAGAGUUCUGUAAUAUAUGCUUUUUCUCUGCCAUUCACAUUAAACAUCAACUGGAAAUGACACUAUGUGCUGUUUUAAUGGAUUCAAUUCCAAUAAAUCAUGUGACAGAAAAACAAA